CCUGUCUCUGCCGCCUGGCCUGUCUCUACUCUCUAGCCCACUGCCCACCUAAAUUUCCAGGCCAGCCAUUACUGUUGGCAUGGGAUCCUCUGUCUCCAGUAUUGCCAGAUCCGUUCUUGCAAUGAAUCAACCUCUUCCCCCCAACACCAGCUCAAAUAGAUCGGGCAAGAAUGUAGUGACUAGCGUAUAAAAGGUAACUUUAAUUUGUCUAAAAAAUAGCAAAUAAAUGAGGCAUGACUGCUGAUAUUUCUGCACAGUUACUUAUAGAGAUCCAAGGAGCAGUUUUGAGGUAAUAAAGACAAGAUGUUCCAAAAUGUUCCAGCCAAAAUGAAGAGGCUUGUGAGCAAGAGCUGGGAGGAGUCGAGGCUGCUAUGGCAGGUCGCCUUCCCAGCGAUCCUCACCGAGGUGUUCCAGUUUUCCAUCGGCUUCGUCACCACCGCUUUCGUCGGCCACCUCGGCGAAGUCGAGCUCGCCGCCGUCACCGUCGUGGAGAACAUCCUGGAGGGCUUUGCUUUCGGCGUCCUGUUCGGCAUGGGGAGCGCGCUGGACACGCUGUGCGGGCAGGCCGUGGGCGCCGGGCAGCUCGACAUGCUGGGCGUCUACACCCAGCAGUCGUGGCUCGUCUGCGGCGCCGCGGCGGCGGCGCUCGCGCCGGCGUACGCCCUGGUCUCGCCGAUCCUGCGCUCCCUCCUCCGCCAGCCCCGCGACGUGUCCGCCGCCGCCGGGCCGUACGCCCGGUGGGCGCUCCCGCGGCUGCUCGCCCACGCGGCCAACUACCCGCUGCUCAAGUUCUUCCAGACCCAGAGCGAGGUCUGGCCCGUGGCCGCCAUCUCCGGCGCGUCGCUCGCCGCCCACGCCGCGCUCACCUACGCCGCCGUGCGCCGGCUUGGGCUCGGCCUGCGCGGGGCCGCCAUGUCCGGCAACAUCUCCCACUGGCUCAUCGUCGUCGCGCAGUUCGUGUACAUGGCCCGAGCAGGCCGGUUUCAGGAUUCGUGGAAGGGCUUCUCGAUUCGCGCGUUCAGGAACCUCGGCGCCUUCGUCAAGCUCUCGCUGGCGUCGGCUGUCAUGAUCUGCUUGGAGGUUUGGUAUUACGCGGCACUGCUCAUUCUCGUGGGUCUCCUGAAGAAUGCCAAGCUCCAGCUUGACAUCAUGUCAGUUUGCAUCAACUACGAGUUCUGGACCAUGAUGGUGGCACUGGGUUUCAGCACAGCAAUCAGCGUGAGGGUGUCGAAUGAGCUGGGCGCAAACAGGCCCAAGGUAGCACAAUUCUCGGUCGUUGUUGCAGCAUCAACAUCGGCCUUCGUCGGAGCAACUUUCAUGGCCGUCUUCCUCGUUUGGAGGACUAGCUUGCCCAAGUUCUUCAGCGACAGCGAAGAGGUGAUUCAUGGAGCCUCCAGAUUAGGGUAUCUUCUCGCUGUGACUGUCUUUUUAAGCAGCAUCUGGCCUCUACUAUCAGGUGUGGCGGUAGGGUCAGGGGCGCAAGUGCUUGUUGCGUUCGUAAACGUUGGCAGCUACUACUUGGUGGGAAUUCCAUUGGGGGUCCUGUUUGGCUUCAAGCUAAAACUCGGUACACUGGGGAUAUGGAUGGGCAUGUUGACAGGGACUUCACUCCAAAUAGCCAUACUUCUUUUCAUUAUCGUCAGAAUGAAGUGGGAGAGACAGUCGAUGCUUGCUAUUGAAAGGAUUACAGAGUGGGGAGCAAAGAACAAUGACCGGGAACUGAUGGCAUCUGUACAUACAAAUGAUCAGAUGGGUCUUGCAAGUAGUGAAUAAUAGACCAUAUAUACAACGACAGUAAAUGUAUCUCUGUGAGAUGUCAUGUACUACUACUUUUUAACCUACAAGGCAGAUAUAGUAAACGAGGAGAGACCAAGGCAGAGAGCAAUGAGUAGCGACGAGAUGACUUUAGCACAAUAUACAAUGGUGAACACAACUUAGGCUC